AGAUUCAUCAUUCCCAAGAGACGACGAUUCUCUGUUUCCAUGGAGUGGCAAGACUGCUCAGUAAAGAUGGAAGUAGAUGUUCCAGUCUCAGUGGCGUAUAAUUUCUACUUGGAUCGUGAAUCUUUUCCUAAAUGGAUGCCUUUUAUUUCUUCUGUCGAGGUUUUAAAGGACAAGCCUGAUCUAUCACGUUGGUCACUCAAAUACAACGCUUUUGGUCAAGACAUUAAGUAUUCUUGGCUUGCUCGUAAUCUACAGCCUACUCCUAAUCAGAAAAUCCAUUGGAGAUCUCUUGAAGGUCUUCCUAAUAAAGGCAGCGUUCGAUUCUUUCCUAAAGGUCCUUCAUCGUGCAUCGUAGAACUAACUGUAUCAUAUGAAGUCCCUGCGCUAUUAACCCCGGUUGCAUCGGUGCUCCGACCAUUUUUAGAAAGCUUGCUUAGAGGUGGACUUGAAAGAUUUGCAGCCUUAGCCAAAACUACUUGAAAAGGAAUAUGUAUGCAUCUUUCUCUUGGUAUAUACAUGAUUUGGAAACUCUACCAGAUCUCAUAAUUAGGAGAUCUCUAUUGUGACUUUUGUAUGAUUAAAGUAACAAAUAUUUCUUUCUAUC